GAUUUCCAAUAAACAGGACAAGACACACCAUGAUGAGUACUCAAAAGAACAGCAGAGACUGGAAUCAAUCAGCAGCUCCACAGGAGCUGAGUUUGGCUGAGAUGGAAAGAAAACUUCAUGAGGCAAAUAUGGUGGUGAAAGCUCAAGAGGAGGAACUAAAUCCAGUCAAAGAGAGUUUGGCUGAGAUGGAAAGAAAACUUCAUGAGGCAAAUAUGGUGGUGAAAGAUCAAGAGGAGAAACUAAAUUCAGUCAAAGAGAGUUUGGGUGAGAUGGAAGCAUUUUACAGAGUGAGCCUGAAAAAAACAGGUUUCGCUGAGAUGGAAAAGUUUUACAAAGACAAACUCCAACAAGAAAGAUCUGCACAUAGGGAAACCGAAGAAGAAUUUAAAUCAUUCAAAGACAGAGUGGCAGGAGAUGUUGAUCUUCCACUAAAGACGGGGAACUCUGAAAACAUGAACAACCCAGUGAAUGAAACCAGACUGAAAGAAAUGUAUAAAGAGCUGAGGAAGCACUGGGCUCAAAUCAAGCCUAAAAUCAAGCAGGCAGCUCAGAGCGACCCAGAGCAAAUCAAAGCUGGGAUUCAGCGCAACUUUCAAUGUGGGGCAGAGGAAAUAAAGAAGAAGAAGAAAAAGAUAGAGUCAGCAUUUAACUUUAAUGUGGAUAACACUGAAGCAUCUCAGAAGGUUCAGGAAUACAUAAAGUUAACCAUUCAGAACCUUCAGCUUGCUGUUUACUAUGGUUUCAAAAACACUGUUGCUCAGGGGUUCCACGGACAGGAAGGUGAAACUCUUGGUGAUAGCUUCAAUAACCUUAUCCUGAAGUGCCGCUGGCUGAGCAGCUUAAUGGCGCUGAACAAUCCCCCUCUUCAGCCUGACUGGAAAAAUCAUGAUCCAGGGCAAGAUGCUUGGAGCUUUUUCCCACAAGAGAUCACAGCUGAAUGUGCCACAUCACUUGGCCAGGACCACUCUGAAAAUGUCCUUAAAUAUCCAUCGCCAUUCCAGGGCCCAGACUUGAACCAGACUGAAGAUAUUAUGAUGGCGUGAGUCAUCACACAAACCAAGCAUGUCUUUAUCCUGUUUUCCUCCUCACACCCCAACCAGUCGCAGCAGAUGGCC